AUGAAGGAGUUCACUACAGAAUGUAGGAGCAAGACCAGGAAGGGCUUUGAAGGUUACAAGGAGAGGUUCACACACCAAUUUCAGUGUCCUCAUACCGGCCAGUUUCAGUGCAGACUGACCAACCUUGUGUUUGAGAUGGAAGGUGAAGGGGAGGUGUUCUACAGAAUAGACUUCUGGGAUACCCGUCUGUUGGAUGGUUUAGGUCAGAUGGAGCCUGCAGGACCUCUGUACAACAUUGACUGCAUUGAUGGUUUGAUCAGUCAUCUACAUCUCCCACACUGUGAGAUACAAUAUGAAGGAAACCAGGCUGAACUGGAGGUGGCACAUUUCACUGGAGAAAAUGUAGAGGUCAUACCGCCGCUGAAAGUGACAAACACUCAUGUGAUUAUCUCCAUCCAAGGCCUUUCCCUCUUUGGCCUUCUUAAAAAAAUAUUACAUCCCGGUCCCAUAAGUGCACAAGUCCUGCUCUUCUAUAAAGAAAUGAUGUGCAAGGAAAUCAGGAAAAAACUACACAUUCACUUACUGCCAGGAAAUGUGCCAGUUGAAGAGGUAGAAAAAAAGCAUAAAGGUGCCACAUACUUUGAGACCAGCUCCACAUGCCAACUUAUCGCAGGAAGGAAAUACAAACCAUCCUGUGAUCACCAUGUGUCUGAGCCAAAGGUUGCCAGAUUUGUGCGUGACUAUGGCCCAAACUAUCACCCAACAUUUGUGGUUUUUCUUCAAGCUGAGGAUAUUACAUUGCCCACAGAAGGGAUGCCCAAACUAAUGCAGUUGGCUGGUGCCUCUAUUCUGGUUAGACAGGACAUCUGCAUCCUGCAUGCCUCAAGUUGUCAGGAAAUGACCGCGCCCAUUACAAACUUCCCCAUUCCCUCCAGGGCCACUAGGGUGUUCCUCAAUGCUGUCAUCUCAUGGGGGCAAGACAGUGAGGCGCACCCCAUGGCCUUUGUUGACUUAGGCAAAUAUCGGGACCUUCAGGAGGUCUGUAGCAAGAAAAAGGUCCAGCUCCUGCCCUUCCAUCGGCCCUACGAUCUUGCCAAAAGCCUGUUACCUGGCACCAGUCCACCUCAGGGCCAACUGUUUUACCUGUCUGCCCCAGAAUGUAAGGCCAUGGAGGAUUACAUCCAGGCAUCCUUGGCACAAGGUAUCAUCCAGCCAUUGACCUCCCCAGUGGGAGCAGGUUUCUUCUUCGUAGGGAAGAAAGACGGGGGUUUUUGCUCCUGUAUUGAUUCCUGA